CUGCAGCUACGUGUUCAUUAGCCUAGAGUUAAGUUUUAAACGUGGGAAAAGCUCUCUUCCAUUAUCAUCGCCUUUCUACUGCUCUUGGGUUGAAGAAAGGAUGCCAGGGAAUGAAGAAUGGAGGAAAACAGCCGACACCCACAAGAUGAGUCCUGAAGAAGUGAAAGCAGCAGGCUUAGAGGGAUCCAAGAGGCCACCAGGGUACAACCCAGGUGAGAUCUUGCACCAGAGGCGUAAAUUGCCCUUUAGCCAAACCGUCAUGGCAAUUACUGGCCUCCUCAUUACAGCUAGUGUUGGGUAUAUGGUUUUGUACGCCACUAAAAAGCCUGAAGCAACCGCAGUAGAUGUAGCCAAGGUGGCUACUAAUACUGCUGAUCCUGGAGAUACUCAUCCUAGGAAGUAGAUUUUAGAUGACAGUAUAUGUUUUUGUUAUUUUAAUUUUUUGGUUAAUAUCUGGAAUGGAGUAGCUCAUACUUGAAAUAAUCAUGACAAUUACUCAUCCUUGGUUACUUAUG